CCGUAUUUUUUUUUUAUACCUAAACAGGAGGAAGCAUGCGCCAGAGCUCGCGGGAGAGAAAGAAGAGCAUUGACAGCAGCGUCGCAUCUCCGUCUUUCGAGGUUUAAGUCAAAGGAUUACAGCAUCAAUUAUUUUCGUCCAGAGUCUAUGAAAACUUCAGUUUGAAACGGGUUUAGCAGAGGAUAGAUGGGAUCCUAUCUUUAACUGGGAGUCCUCCAUCCAACUAUACUUCUCCUUAUCUCUCCGUCCUGUCCUGGUCUGGUGUGCAGCCUGAGGGAGCUGUGGUUCUGAUCAGACCUCUGGGAGGUAGACCCAGAGAGAGGAGCACACAGGACCUGCUAUGGCCAGCGCAGACGGUGUAGGGAGCCUGAGGAGCCUGAGGAGCCUGGGGCCGGAGCAGCACCUCAGUGUCCAUGACCAUGUGGUGAACGACCACGGAGCCUGGGCCACCGCCAUGAACAACCUGGGUAUCGUACCCAUGGGCCUCGGCAGGCAGCAGCUGGUCUCAGAUUCUCUCUGUAUCCAGGGUUUUGAUCCAGGGCUGGGUCUCCUAGCUCCUAUCAACCCCAUGAUGGCAGGUAUCAGCCUGGUCCCUCCUCCCCCUGGUCCCCCCAUCAUCAAGGAGAUCAUCCACUGCCAGAGCUGCACCCUGUUCCCCCAGAACCCCAACCUGCCUCCUCCGUCAACACGGGAGCGUCCCCCAGGGUGUAAGACAGUGUUUGUGGGGGGUCUGCCGGAGAAUGCCAGCGAGGAGAUCAUCAGGGAGGUGUUUGAUCCGUGUGGUGACAUCAUCGCCAUCAGGAAGAGCAAGAAGAACUUCUGUCACAUCCGCUUCAGUGAGGAGUUCAUGGUGGACAAGUCCCUCUACCUCUCUGGCUACCGGAUGCGUAUCGGCUCCAGUACAGAUAAGAAGGACUCAGGGAGGAUGCACGUGGACUUUGCUCAGGCCAGAGACGACCUGUAUGAGUGGGAAUGUCAACAGAGGCUGCUGGCCAGGGAGGAACGACACCGACGCAAGAUCCACGAAGACUUCUUCCGACCACCCUCGCCACCUCCCAUCAUGCACUUCUCAGACCACGAGGCAGGACUGCUUGCGGAGAGAUUGAAAGAUGACCAUAACUUCAGUGAAGCGACUGCGGUCCUGUUCACAUGGAUCGACCGUGGUGAGGUCAACCGGCGGUCGGCUAAUCACUUCUACUCUAUGAUCCAGUCGGCCAAUAGCCACGUCCGGAGACUGAUGAGUGAGAAGGCCCAGCACGAGGAGGAGAUGGAGCUAGCCAAGGAGACAUUUAAAAACUCCCUGCUGGCCAUACUGACUCAGUUCGAGCAGAUCACGGCUGUGUUCACCGCUGCCUCCAGGCAGAAGGCAUGGGACCAUUUCACUAAAGCGCAGCGCAAGAACAUAGACAUUUGGAGAAAGCAGUGUGAGGAGCUGCGGAACGCCAACAGUGAGGAGAUCAUGGGGAUUCGCCGGGAGGAGGAGAUGGAGAUGUCUGAUGAUGACUCGGAUGAGAGCCCCUGUAAGAAGAUACGUAGGGAGGACAACGGUGUGUGUGGCCAGUCUGGGGCCUCUCUGAGGGAGGAGAAUGACUCUCUGCGCUGGCAGCUGGAUGCCUACAGGAACGAGGUGGAGCUGCUGAGGAAGGAGCAGGGCAAGGCCUGCCACCCCGACGACCCCGAACACUCCCUCAACACACACACACACCUGCUACAGCAGAGCAUGCACAACAUGCAUCAGCAACUGCUGAGUCUGCAGAAUCAGCUGAGGAGUAAGGAGGUGGAGCUGGAGCAGGCUAGAGACGAACACAGAUACCUGGAGGGAGAGGUCCUAGCCCUGAGAGACAAGAUGCUGACUAACGGGGAUGUAGUGGUAGUGGAGGGGACCAACAGAGAAACACCUGAGAAGGUAGUGAACGGCUAUGCCACCACUCUGUACCGCAGCAGAGACAGAAGGAGUGAAGCAGCCGUGAGAGGACCCCUCACAUCAGAGAGAGAGGCUCUGCUACUGGGCAUCAUAUCUACCUUCCUCCAUGUCCAUCCGUUUGGAGCCAACAUCGACUAUCUGUGGUCCUACAUCCAGAGACUGGACACUACGGUGUCAGCGGGUGAGUUGGAGUCUCUGAUGGGUCGUCUGCCCAGUGUCUUCAGACAGGAGCUGAGUGGAGUGGGAGCCACGCUGGAGAAACGCUGGAAGUUCUGCGGCUUCCAGAGCCUCGCCUCCAUGUGACACAGGGACACAAACACAUCACAUGACCCAAGACACACACAUGGCCUGACAGACCACGUGUGGUACAGGAACAUACACACUUCCUGACCAGCCACAAAGCCUGGUGGACACAUGAAUAGAAGGCGUGUCAAAUCCACAGACUGUGUUUGAACGGUGUGUGUAUGUUGUGUAUCCAUAGACAUCCACAGUACAUGGUGAUGAUACUCAAAAACAAUACAGACACUGAUGGAUCUUUCCGAGGUUAUAUCUUUGAGAAGGAUUUGCUGACACGGAGGUAGAGGGAUCCACACGGAUCUCCACUCGAUGCUGUAAAACUAUAUCCACAGAUGUCAGACAAGGAGGUCACAGAGCAGACAUUCUCUAUGGUAACCUAUUGACCAGACCCCAGCCAACAGAACCUCUCAUUGACUGGAGUUGUGUGUGAUGCCUAUUUCUCUGUUCCCUCUCUUUCUCUGUUCUCUCUCUCUCUCCCUGGAGCAGUUGUGUAACUAAUUUGUCAACAGCUGACUCCCACUAGGCUGGGAGGGAUCCAGGAAUAUCGGACGGCUGCAAUGGAAAUAUGGAUGGGAAUGGGGAAAAUUUGAGAAUUGGGUUACUGAUUUAUAACUGUAACCCUUGUUACCCCCCACGUCCAGUGUGUUGUGGGGCUUUUUGCUGUAAAACCCAGUUUCACACUCCAACAGGAUUGAAGCAUUAGCCAGCCUCUCUCUCUCUGUCUGUCUGUCUGUGACCCAGAACUGACUUUAGUAGCCUACUGAUGACUGGUACUGAUACUGUUGGGUUGGGUUGGGACUGUACUGUAGGUCUCCCCCUCUGGAUGUCUCUCUUUGCUCUGGCCUUCUGUGUCCAGUGUGUGCUGUGCGUUCUGCCACUGUUGAAUUGGUAUCUACUCAUUUAAAUUAUUAUGUUUUCUAAUGUAAUAAAAGGUUUUUAUCCAAACAUCUUCUGAUCAAUCUAAAAACAUUUUCAAUUCAAGAAGCUUUAUCGCCAUGACAAGCAACUCAAUUCGCUGGCUGGUAUGGCAAGACAAGGCUGUUAAUGGCAAAAGAUACAUGCUUUUGCAUACAUCUGAAAUACUGUAUGUUUUGCUUUAAUGUUUCCAGAUAGUGAGCUGAUAUUCCAUGUUGGAUGAUGUGCUGCAUCUCCCUGAUGACGGAGGUUGAAGAAUGUAUUCAUUCUGGAUGAGAAAAGAGAGAGAG